GUGCGUGUACUGGCAUUGGAAAGGGAGUUGAAUUUGCAGCCUGAUACUCGACAGCCUACACCACGUGAGAUGGCUCUCACCGGUCAGUUGGAAAGACUACAAGUCGAUUAUCAUCAUCUUGAAAACGAACUUCAGAUGACUCGAAGCCGAUUCGCCGAUGCACAGGCAGCAGAAGCCCGAGCUGUAGGUGCAGAACGAACUGCCAGAGAACGAGUGGAAGCAAGUGCCUCCGAACGGGAGGCAGCUAUCGAGCGCACUCGAGCUGCUUGUGAAGCCCACUACGCUGCAGCUCGACGACGCAUCGAAGCUGAACUCACUGCUGAGCAUGAAAAUGCCCUGGCACAGAUUAAGCAAGAGACCCUCACUGCUAGAGAAGAAGCCACGACUUAUCGUAAUGAGCUUGAACGUGUUAAUGCUAUGCUUCAGGAGGCGAAAGAGGCUACUGCUCAAGCUGUGCAGUUGACUAUGACUGAGGCCAUGAAAGAACGUGAGAACGAGCGUAUUCGAUUUUGGCGGGAAGAGUUGCCACAUCAAGUUGAAUUGGCACGAAAUGGCUGGUUGUUAGAAUCGGAAGCAAGAACGAAAGUGCAUUUGGAGCGAGUUCGAUCCGAAUGUCAGGCAGAGUUUGACUCCCGUAUGGCUGCUUGUAUAAGACAGCAUCAGACUGAAUUAGACAGACUCAAAUCUCCCAAAGUUACCCAAGACCGUGCAGUUGAAUGUACUCCAUGCGAGUCGAAGAUUUUGAUUUCUCCCCAUGAGUUUCCACUUCUGAGCGUCCUCUUUUCAAAUGAACUAUUUAAUGAUCUUGUAUCUAUCGGUGGUGUAGAGUGUCUUCUGCCUUCCAUUGAGAAAUACACGGGAUCACUCCUUCGUAAAACUGCUUUGGCACUUAUGAAACGAUUCACUGUUGUGUUGGCUAAUUCCUUACUUGCGGUGAUUAUGGAAUAUGGUCUACUCAAGAAGGAACAAACGGAACUGGCAUUGAAAAUUAACACAAUGAGUGCUAGCGAUCCUGUUGUUGAAGGACUGCUGAAACUGCUUGGUGAUUUAGUAGCUGCAGACUUAUCUGUUGAGAUUGAAAUAAUACGCAAAAUUGCUCGUCAUUCAAUUGACUCGAAGAAUACCCAAACUACUGAAUCGGGAGAAAUUAUAAGUCAGAUUAAAUCCGAGGUCCAAAUGUACGUUCAAUCGUGUCAGGAGCGAUGUGCCCGAACCCUCCAGAAAGGUCUUUCGGGAGCUCACCGGCGAGCCUGCAGACAAAUCACAAAUCGGCUGCGAAAUGCACUCUCUGAGUCUGGCCUCUCUCCUUUAUCCUUCACUUCUCAAGACAAAUUACUCAAUUUCAACCAACCAAUGCGGUUGAUGAAUUUUAGACUCUCUCAAUGCCAAAUAGAAACGCUUCUACACAUAAUUGACGAUGUUUGCGAAUCUACUGCGAAUCACUUCUCCAAGAUCACUAUCAGUGGUCAGCCCAUCUUCUCGUUCCCGUCAACUACCCAGAGUGAGAAUCUCGAGUCGGGUUUGACCUGUCUAGAAGCAGAAGAUGGCGAUUAUGUGAAGCAGCCACUUUCGCCUUGUCAUGCUUUUCGUUACAACUGGCCGAAAUUACAAGUCAACUGA